UGUUCCUUAUAUCAAAAAUGAAAAAGACGUUUGUCAAAUUAAGAAGUAUCAUACAAAGUUUUUAUAAAUUUUUUAAUCGCACAAAUUUAAUUGAAUGUGAGGAAUGGCUACUGGCGGAGAUGUGCCGAACACUUUACCGAAGCAUAUGACCUAUUCGCAGUCGAAGGUGCCGUUCUUUGGCGCGCUUAUCGACUAUUUGGACACCAGUGCUCAAUAUUUGAGAAGGAAGACAUUCGCGCAGGCCGAGAAACUCCACGCCAAAGCUUCGAGGGCCACUCUGUCGGCGUCAUUCCUCGCUGCAGUGUGCCUCAUGCUGGGGUUUGCUUGUAACGUCAAGUUCGAAGUGGUGACCCUGGAUGAUGAGCCUUUGCCGAAUGACUUACAUUUCAUGCUCAUGAGUAAAGAUGAUAAGCUCUAUAUCGACGAUAUCGAUGUUACUAGAGUUAUGUGGUGUGUCGAGGCGUCAGACAGCCUCGUCAUACUAAUAAGCAGUCUACUAAUAUGGAACUCAUCAAACGUGCGGUCUCCCCUGAGCGAGUACUUGUUCCUGCCGUGGCUGGGAGCGACGCUGCGUGGCUUGUUCCUGCGACAGGCGCCCACCGCCGGCGCGCUGCUUUACACAAUGGCGGUCGUCAAUGGCAACAUCAACCCACUCUUCCUUACUGCCUUCUCGUUCCUGUUCUUGUUAGAGGCGCGCCUGUGGCUGGAGAUCGGGCGCUUGGUGCGCUCGCGGUGGGAGCGGCGCGAGCACGCCAUCGCCUCCCGCGACUCCGAGUACGAAGUAGAAACACUCUGGAGCAAUGACGACGUACAGAGCGUCGAAGUGCGCAACUACGUUUACUAAAGCAUUGUAAUAACAUAGGAAAUGGGAUAAAUACGAACCCCGGGCCCGAUUAUCUGGAGCCUACUAAGUGUUGUAAAUUUACUCAUAAAAAUUACUCAUUUUGUUUUCCCCGUUUUCUUAAAAGUUAUUAUUUAUCUCAUUUUACAGAACCUUGCCUCUCUUGCUUUUGACUUUGUGAAUACCAAUAUAAAAAAAAAAAUGUUACAAUUUUCAAAAUAACUAAAGAGAUUUUCUGUUAUAGAGUCACCGGUAGCCUGCCUGAUGUAUUUUUUAUGUUUAAUUUAGCUAUAUUCUCAUCUUUAUGGUGCUUUUUAUAUCAGAGGUGACGGCGACAUUCAUGGCGGCUGGUUAGUCUUGAAGUAUGACAGUUGUAAUAGGGAAGAUGAUUGGUAUAAAAAAAAAAAACUGUUUAGUCCCUCAGUUAGAUAAUUGAAAAAUAUUAGACACGUAUUUUUUCCUUUUUCAGUAAAACCCAAAUAGUCAUAGAUUAACUGCUUCAAAGUUUAGGAGACUUGUGACGUAAUAAUAUGGUAAAAUUUAUACUCAGUCGGAACGCGUAGGUUUCAUUCACUGUAAU